AAAUCUCUGGAUAUUUUGGAAUUCUAAUCUCUUUAAUCUGCACUAAAACUGUUAAUGAGUAAAUCUGUAGUAACACCUUUUAUGGGCAGUAUUUUACCAACAGAUAAACUACUUGAGGUUAUCCAGAGUAAAACAGAUUGAGACCCUGAACUUGAACCAGAAUCAGUGACCUACAGACCUACAGCCAAAUUCAUUCAUGAUGAAGCUUCAAAUUUCAAUAGCCAAUGAAGGAGGUGGACUGAUGUUGAAAAAUGAUUUGAAUGAAGAGGAUUUGGAGCCCUGGGCUGAUUUUAACACCAGCAUGUCUAGGGUGAAUGAACAAAAACAUAUAAGCCAUGAGGAUUCUGUGGACUUUUCUGAUAUUUACCACUCUAAUGAAGAGUAUUUCAGGAAACUAGAAGAGCUGAAGGCAGCCCACAUAGAAACUAUGGCAAAGUUAGAGAAAUUGUACCAGAAUAAAUUAAAUUUAAAGGAAAUUCAGCCAGCAGUCACCAGGGAAGAAACUGCUAGUGUCUCUUCCAGGUCUGUAUCAGAGAACUCCUAUCACCCUGUCUCGUUAAUGACAUCAAUUUCAGAACCUGAUUUAAGUCAGUCUUCCUCCUUGAUCGUGUCUUCCUCUGAAGAAGAGUUGCCCAGCUUAGAAAAAAAGUAUCCUGAGAAAAGCAGUAUGAUGACCUAUGCUAAGGAGCUCAUCAACAACAUGUGGACAAACUUCAGCGUAGAAGAUUAUAUCCAGUUUGAAGAUGUCAACCUGCCAGCACUUGAAAAACAAAGAAAGAAACCUAAAGAAUGGGUGCCAAGGAUUACAGUACCCGAGCCUUUUCAAAUGACAGUUAGAGAGCAGAAGAAAAAAGAAGAGAACAUGAAAUCGAAAUCAGAUAUUGAAAUGGCACACAAACUUCUCAAGAAGCAAGAAGAAGAGUCAGAGUGUAAGAAAAAAUUCCGAGCCAACCCAGUUCCUGCGUUCGUCUUUCUCCCCCUUUAUCAUGAUAUGGUCAAGCAAAAUGAAGUACGGAGGAAGGCUAUGAAGGAGAGAAACAAAGAAGCUCUUUUGGCCUCUCAAAGGCCCUUUAAGUUUAUUGCAAGGGAGGAACAGAAGCAAGCAGUUCGGGAAAAGCAGCUGAAAGACUUUUUUAAGUCUAAAAAGAAAAUAAAUCGUUUUAAAGCCAGACCUAUACCUCGCUCUACUUAUGGUUCAAUACUCAAUGACAAGUUAACAGAACAAGCACUCUAUAAAAACAUUAGGGCGCAGCAGAGAACUCAAGACUUUUUACAGAAUCCAUCCCCUCUGCCUUACAGUCCACCUCGCAGGAGUUUUGCUACAAGGAAGUCCAGGGGUCCUGAACAGGCUGAGAAUUCCAAGUAUGAACACAGGGUUAGGCGCCAGCCUGCUGGUUCUGAAGGCCCACCUGAGAGGUGUCAGAAACACCACUCAGAACAGAAGUGUCCCAAAUUCCGGACAGUCUGUGAACCAUCUGACCUUCAGGCAGCCUCACAUUCACCCACCAAAAGAGAGAAAAUUUUGGCAGACAUCGAAGCAGAUGAAGAGAAUUUAAAAGAGACACGUUGGCCUUAUCUGUCUCCAAGGCGCAAGUCAGCAGUAAGGGAUGCAGACACAAAGCCUGCACCUUGUAGCUGCAACCCUCCAACGCCCACGGCGUCCUCCCGAGGAAGAGAGCAAGCCACAAGGAGAUCACUUGAGGAAAAGAAAAUGUUGGAAGAAGAGAGACAUCGGAUCUUAACUAAGCAGAAGCAAAGAAUGAAAGAAUUGCAGAAACUCCUGACAAUCCGGGCUAAGGCUUAUGACUCACACGAGAGUUUAGCUCAGAUGUCUAAAUCCAGAAUAAAAGCUCUCAGAAAGAGUGAAAAGGAAAGGAUGAGAGAAUACCGACGAGAACUAGAAGAAAGAGAAGAAAAAUUAAAAAACAGGCCGCUGCUAUUUGAAAGAGUUGCUCAGAAAAAUGCAAGAAUGGCAGCAGAAAAGCAUUAUUCUAACACUUUAAAAGCACUAGGAAUAUCUGAUGAGUUUGUUUCAAAGAAAGGCCAAAGUGGAAAAAUAUUUGAGUACUUCAGCAAUCAAGAGAUGAAAAAUUUCACAGAAGAUAAAGAAAGCUUUAAUGAAGAAGAAAAAAUAGAAGAAAGAGAGAAUGGGGAAGAAAAUUAUCUUACUGAUACCAACAGCCAAGAUUCUUGCAAGGAAACAGAUGAAGUCAAUGAAGAGAAUGGAGAAGAGAAAUGUGUUGAAGAAUAAAACUGAGUCAGUUGGCAGGGUCACCUUUCUGUGCCCCUGCUGUUGGUUGGCAGCAUUGGGCAUCAGAAGCUGUGCUUGUGGUGUUAAGGACAUCUAUGAGGACCCAUCUGUUAUGUGCAGGACUCUUGAGCGAAGUCCUCAUUUGGCCUGAAAAGGUCAAAUCCAGCUAAUGGGUCAUUUGAUUGUUUAAAGUCAGGUUUUGCCCUCCAGUUUUUAAAAUCACUAUAUAUGGUCUGUUUGCAACUUUGAUCUUCUGUUUUUUAAAAAUGUUUGAGAAUCACAGCUGUCACAAACUGAUUAGAUAUAAAAGUAUACAUCACUUCAUUAUUUUGGGUAGAAAAAUUGCUUAACAUUGAGAGUAGACAGACAUAUUGGCCUUUGGUGAUUUGUUUGGAAAAAGUGUUCUGGAAAGCAUGAAUUGAAAAAUAAAUAUUUUUAAAUUGUA